UGCUUGCGGGCGGUUGGCGUGGGUGUGGUGGGCAGCCGCGGCGGCCCGGGGCUGGACGACCCGGCCCCCCGCGUGCCCACCGCCUGGAGGCUUCCAGCUGCCCACCUCCGGCCGGGUUAACUGGAUCAGUGGCGGGGUAAUGGGAAGCCACCCGGGAGAGUGAGGAAAUGAAACUUGGGGCGAGGACCACGGGUGCAGACUCCGUUACCUUCUCCACCCAGGAAAAUGCCCCGCUCCCUAACGUCCCAAACGCGCCAAGUGAUAAACACGAGGAUGGCAAGAGACCCACACCCCUGAGGAGCGCCCGCUUGGGGGAGGAGAUAUACACUUCAGAUAACUACACCGAGGAAAUGGGCUCAGGGGACUAUGACUCCAUAAAGGAACCCUGCUUCCGUGAAGAAAAUGCUAAUUUCAAUAAAAUCUUCCUGCCCACCAUCUACUCCAUCAUCUUCUUGACUGGCAUUGUGGGCAAUGGAUUGGUCAUCCUGGUCAUGGGUUACCAGAAGAAACUGAGAAGCAUGACGGACAAGUACAGGCUGCACCUGUCAGUGGCCGACCUCCUCUUUGUCAUCACGCUUCCCUUCUGGGCAGUUGAUGCCGUGGCAAACUGGUACUUUGGGAACUUCCUAUGCAAGGCAGUCCAUGUCAUCUACACAGUCAACCUCUACAGCAGUGUCCUUAUCCUGGCCUUCAUCAGUCUGGACCGCUACCUGGCCAUCGUCCACGCCACCAACAGUCAGAGGCCAAGGAAGCUGUUGGCUGAAAAGGUGGUCUAUGUUGGCGUCUGGAUCCCUGCCCUCCUGCUGACUAUUCCCGACUUCAUCUUUGCCAACGUCAGUGAGGCAGAUGACAGAUAUAUCUGUGACCGCUUCUACCCCAAUGACUUGUGGGUGGUUGUGUUCCAGUUUCAGCACAUCAUGGUUGGCCUUAUCCUGCCUGGUAUUGUCAUCCUGUCCUGCUAUUGCAUUAUCAUCUCCAAGCUGUCACACUCCAAGGGCCACCAGAAGCGCAAGGCCCUCAAGACCACAGUCAUCCUCAUCCUGGCUUUCUUCGCCUGUUGGCUGCCUUACUACAUUGGGAUCAGCAUCGACUCCUUCAUCCUCCUGGAAAUCAUCAAGCAAGGGUGUGAGUUUGAGAACACUGUGCACAAGUGGAUUUCCAUCACCGAGGCCCUAGCUUUCUUCCACUGUUGUCUGAACCCCAUCCUCUAUGCUUUCCUUGGAGCCAAAUUUAAAACCUCUGCCCAGCACGCACUCACCUCUGUGAGCAGAGGGUCCAGCCUCAAGAUCCUCUCCAAAGGAAAGCGAGGUGGACAUUCAUCUGUUUCCACUGAGUCUGAGUCUUCAAGUUUUCACUCCAGCUAACACAGAUGUAAAAGACUUUUUUUAUACGAUAAAUAACUUUUUUUAAGUUACACAUUUUUCAGAUAUAAAAGACUGACCAAUAUUGUACAGUUUUUAUUGCUUGUUGGAUUUUUGUCUUGUGUUUCUUUAGUUUUUGUGAAGUUUAAUUGACUUAUUUAUAUAAAUUUUUUUGUUUCAUAUUGAUGUGUGUCUAGGCAGGACCUGUGGCCAAGUUCUUAGUUGCUGUAUGUCUCGUGGUAGGACUGUAGAAAAGGGAACUGAACAUUCCAGAGCGUGUAGUGAAUCACGUAAAGCUAGAAAUGAUCCCCAGCUGUUUAUGCAUAGAUAAUCUCUCCAUUCCCGUGGAACGUUUUUCCUGUUCUUAAGACGUGAUUUUGCUGUAGAAGAUGGCACUUAUAACCAAAGCCCAAAAUGGUAUAGAAAUGCUGGUUUUUCAGUUUUCAGGAGUGGGUUGAUUUCAGCACCUACAGUGUACAGUCUUGUAUUAAGUUGUUAAUAAAAGUACAUGUUAAACUUA